CAGCGCUUCCUGGGUGCGCAUUGAGGAAAUUACUCCAGUUUCAAUUAUUUUUUUUUCGCAAAUAUGAAUGUAAAGUAAUACACAACAACUGUGGAAUUGUACAUCUGCUGUUUGUUAAGGCAAUUUGGCAAUGAAAAAACGUUUCCUCAUGGUGACAUAAGUCAUUUUACGGACAGAGUUGAAGACGCGCGCCACGUCAGUGACUCCUCGAAGGACUGUGAAUUCGAAAAGAGGGGGACGAACGGGAUUGGGCUGAAAUCAAAUCCCUUAUCAUUUUAUUGAAAUUAAAAAUUAACCAGCGUCUAGUGCUGGUGUUUGUCUGUCAAAGCUCUCGGACUCCGUGGCUGGGAGUCCACACUCAAAGCAGCCAAAAUGACAGCUUCAAACUGGGGUCUGAUCAUGAACGUGGUCAACAGCAUCGUUGGUGUCAGCGUGUUGACCAUGCCUUUCUGCUUUAAACAGUGUGGCAUAGUUCUGGGAACCCUCUUGUUGUUCUUCUGCUCCUGGAUGACCCACCAGUCCUGUAUGUUUCUGGUACACACAGCCAGCAACACCAAACGCAGGACCUAUGCAGGUCUAGCUUUUCAUGCCUAUGGAAAACCAGGAAAAACACUUGUUGAACUCAGUAUGAUUGGCUUGAUGUUGGGGACGUGUAUUGCCUUCUACGUGGUCAUCGCUGAUCUAGGAUCAAGCUUCUUUGCCCAGAUCCUCGGACUGCAGGUGACUUUUGGCUUCCGUGUCCUGCUGCUGGUAGCGGUGUCAGUGUUCAUCGUCCUGCCCCUCAGCCUGCAGCGCAACAUGAUGUCCUCCAUACAGUCCUUCUCCGCCAUGGCCCUUAUGUUCUACACACUCUUCAUGUUCGUGAUGGUGCUGUCCUCCUUCAAACACGGCCUGUUCACAGGCCGUUGGCUAGAGACGGUGGAGUACGUGCGCUGGGACGGCGUCUUUCGCUGCAUCCCCAUCUGCGGCAUGGCGUUCGCCUGUCAGUCGCAAGUCCUCCCCACCUAUGACAGCCUGGACGAGCCUUCAGUCAAGAGGAUGAGCACCAUCUUCACUUCCAGUCUCAACGUCGUCACCACCUUCUACAUUACAGUGGGCUUCUUUGGCUACGUGAGCUUCACGGAGACCAUCGCCGGUAACGUGCUGAUGAACUUCCCGUCCAACCUGGUGACGGAGAUGAUCCGCGUGGGCUUCAUGAUGUCGGUGGCCGUGGGCUUCCCCAUGAUGAUCCUGCCCUGCCGACAAGCCAUCAACACCAUGCUGUUCGAGGCACAGCAGAAGGAUGGGACGUUUGCUGCUGGUGGCUACAUGCCCCCGCUGCGCUUCAAGGCCAUCACCCUCUGCAUCGUAUUCGGCACCAUGCUGGGGGGCAUACUCAUACCCAACGUGGAGACCAUUCUGGGUCUGACGGGAGCCACCAUGGGAAGUCUGAUCUGCUUCAUCUGCCCCGCUCUCAUCUACAGAAAAAUCAUGAAGAAUGGAUUAGCUGCACAGCUGGUGUUGUGGGUGGGCCUGGGCAUCCUGCUCAUCAGUACCGUCACCACCCUCUCCAUGUCGGGCGGCAGCAGCAGCGGGCCCCCCUCCCAGGUCCAUGCCCGGCCCCCGCCCGCCCCCAAGGUCCAGGUGCCGCACCCCGGAGCAGGAGCAGGAGCAGGGGCAGGGGCCGCCGUACAGCCCCCAGAGCUGCCCAAGAUACCACCUGGUAAACCAGCGGUGGUGUUGAACCCCGGCGAACUGCCUGACUCUGGUAGAGCCAAGGUGCCCGUGAAGAAGCCCGCCGUGGAGGAGAUUCGCCCCAAACCAGCUGUCGCUGAAGUCGCCCGGCCCGCCGCAGGGGCCCAGGAGCCAGGGGAGGCCCCCCAGAUAAAGGGUCCCGUGGAGGCCCCCAACGCUAAGCCGAAAGGGGGGGCAGAGCUGCAGCUGGAUCGACCUGAAGCUGGUGUAGCAGUGCCUGACGGCGAAGCCCACCGCCAUGAGCCCCCCAUCCCCCAGGACGAGGUGAUGGUGGACUCCCGGAAGAACCGCGAGGAGCUGGCAGAGGACGAGGAGAAGGAGAAGGAGAAGCAGCGCAAGGAGGAGGAGAAGGAGAAACAGAAAGAGGCGGAGAAGGAGGACGAAGAGGCGCCAGGAGCUGGCCAGGAGCAGGAAGGGGCCGCCGUUGAGGAGGAUGCUGGGAAGGUGGAGGACAGGAAGGAGGAGGUGAUGAAGGAGGAGCUGGCGAGGAAGAAGAAAGAGGAGGCGAAGGCCAAGCUGCAGGAGGCGUAUCGGGAGGACAACAUCGGGGCAGCAGCAGUGCUGAAACCAGGAGCAGCUGUUGGCGUUGGAGGAGCAGCAGAGGUGGUGGCCGGAGACACGGCAGCCGGGGCACACCCCAAUGAGGUGCUGGACAAGCCAGCUCCCCGCGUCGUCCCCGUCGGCGGUGGUGGCGAAGGGCAGAAGAAGAAGAAGGUUCUGGAAGCCGUGGUGGUCCAUAAAGAGCUGGACAAGCUUCCCGUGAUCAAAGAGGCUGGCCUGCCCCCAGUCAAGGCUGCUGCGAAGGGGGCGGACGGGGCCAAAGUCAACCGUGUGGAGAAGGUCCAGCAAGCAGCAGUUCCCGCUAAAAAAGAGUCUGGCGUAGUGGGUCCAGAUGGGGAGCAGAACGAGGCCCAGAAGGAGAAGGAGGUCGCCAAGGACGCCGCAGAGGUCAAGGACACCAAAGAGGCCGGCGCUGGAGACGAGAAGAUGGACGUCAUUAAAAAGCUUGUCGCAGAGGGCCAGUUGGACCAUGCUGCCCUGCUGCAGGUGAUUCAGGAUCAGCAGAAGGCACAGCAGCGUCUGCUGGACCAGCAGGAGAAACUGCUGGCCGUCAUCCAGGAGCAGCACAAGGAGAUACACCAGGAAAUCAAGCAGCCCAACGCAGCGGAGGGAGGGGCGGCGGCAGUCCUCGACCCAGGCCAGCAGGCCCAGCCUGGGGCAGGUGCCGCUGUGGGCCAGCAGCAGCCUGGAGCUCAAGCACUGGCCCCCAACCAGCCAGCGGGAGGCGCUGUUGUUGAAGUGCCGGCCAUCAAGGCUGCACCUGCUGCUGCUGCUGCUGUUGCUGGAGAUCAGCAGCCAGUAGCCCAGCAACCACAAGGUGGCGCUGUGGCACCAGUGGCCAAACAGGAUGGGGUACCAGCAGCCAAACAAGAGGUGGUGGUGGUGGCGGCGGCGGGAGCUGGGGCUGAUGCAGGUGCUGGAGCAGGUGCAGCAGCAGUAGUAGGUGGAGCGUUGCCCGCCCCGGAUGUGGCGAAGAAGGUGGAGGUGGGAGCCCGCGGAGUGCCCUUGCGCCAACAGGUGCCUGAGCAACCUGUUGCCGUCCAGCAGCAGCCUGAGCAGAAACCCCAGCAGGCCCAAGCCCAGGCACAGCCUCAGCAGCAACAGCUACAACAACAACAGGCAGUAGAGCAACAGCAGAAGGAGCAGGAGGUGGCAGCAUUGAAAGAGAAGGAGAAGGAGCGGCAGGUGCAGGAACGGCAGCAGCAGCUGGAGAAGGAGCUGGAGCAGCAGCGGGAGGAGAAGGCUCGCCUGGAGCUGGAGCGAGAGCGCGAUCGCGAGCAGCUGGAGCAAGAGCGCAUCCGUCUGGAGCUGGAGCACGACAAGGCCCAGGCGGAGCUGGAGGCCGAGAAGGCCCGACUGGAGACGGAGAAGCUCCGGCUGCAGCUGGAAAAGGAGAAGACUGAGCGGGAGGUGCAGGAGCGUGCCGAGAAGGAGCUGAGGUUGCAAGAGCAGCAGAAGCACAACCAGGAGCUGCAGGGCAUCAUCGACGCCCACAAUGCCAGGGAGAGGCUGAACAUGGACGCCCGGAACCCCGGCGGUGUAGGUGUAGGUAUCGGUGUUGGUGUUGGCAUGGGGGCAGGCAAUGCUCCUGGCCUGGAUGGUGCUGGUGCUGGUGCUGAUGCUGUGGUGGGGAUGGGCGGAGAGGGCCGAGGAGUCCUGGAGCCCCAGCCAGUGAAGAACGGCGGCAGGGACCUGAAGGUGAACAAAGACGACCAGGACGACGAUGGUGGGCUGAUGCUGAGCCAGGAGCAGCAUGAGCAAGUGGAGGCGGGGGUGGAGCGCGGGAAGGAGGAGGAAGGGGUGAAGGCGAACGGAGGAGGAGGAGGUGAAGGGGGCGCCGGCGCUCCUGCUGCACAGAAGGAGAACAACAUCAACAACAGCAGGGAUCAGGCCGGGGGCGGCAUGGACCUGAAGAGGCGCAAGAGGCACGUGAGGGCCCUGGGCUCAGAGGUCGUCGCAGGACCAGCAGGAGGUGGGGGUGGUGAGGGUGCAGUGCCUGGCCUGGAGAAGCUGCUGGAGAUGGGGCCACAGGACCUGCACGCCGCCCUGGAGAGCCAGCUGCUGGGGGAGAGCCUGGUGCACACGCGGCAGAUCCAACAGUGGCAAGGGCUCGAUGAGGGCCAGUUGGACCAUGCUGCCCUGCUGCAGGUGAUUCAGGAUCAGCAGAAGGCACAGCAGCGUCUGCUGGACCAGCAGGAGAAACUGCUGGCCGUCAAUCAGGAGCAGCACAAGGAGAUACACCAGGAGCAGGAGCAGGAGCAGGAGGGGCAGGUCGAGGGGGACUUGGCGGAGGUGGAGGCUCAGGACGACGUUGAGGAGCAGCAGCAGCUGGAGAUGUGGCAACAGGUGGAGAAGGAGGUGGAGAAGGAGGCCAAGAGUUACGUUGAGGGACAUCAUCAUCAGCAAGAAGUGGAGAAGGAGGUGAAGGAGGAGGAGGUGGCUGACUCCACUCCUCAGGACAAAGGGCUGCUCCUGCUGCUGCUGAAGAAGCCCGUGCUGGAGGUGGAGAUACUGAAGAGGGCUCUGGCACAUCACAAGCCAGCAACACACACUCAGAGUCAGGGCACACAGCAGGGGUGAGAGGGUCACUGAGCGCAGUCACAUACAGGAAUUAGCCUGGUUUUAAACAGAAUGUUUUCAGUGUUGGAUUUAAAACAAGUGAAGAGCUUUGUGGCAAAAUGACAUCCAUUUUGGAAUAUUUGGGGACAUUUACAUUUUUGUAUUGGGCAUUGCAUUGUAUUACACUGCCAAAUGCACUUUAAUAUAGGGUUAAAAAACAGUUCUCAAAAUAUUCAAAUGGCAAGUAUUCACAGAUGGAUGAGGGGACAUCUGAACAGUCAUUUCCAAUGAUAAAAUCCAAAAUUCAAAAAUGGCGCUUUCGUCAUUUUGCAACAAAACUGUUAUGUCUGUUAGUAUGUGUUGAAGAGCAUUGUGUUACCAGAAUGUGGAAUGAAGUAAAGGCGUUUCCAUGGCUCCUGCACAAACCAAACAUUGCCACCAUUCCAUUGGAAAUGGGAAUAUUCUUUGCAUGUAACUGCGCUCAUUGAGAGAAAGUGGUGAAUGGACACUAGCGUGCCUGUGUGAGACAUGCUGCACAAGUCAGUCAUACAGGUGUGUGAUCUCACACAACCACACGUGCGCCAAACAGGCAAAAGUGCGCUGAAGACUUGUACCACACACACAGACUUGCACAAACUUUUCAGCCAAUGACUCGACUGUCUCCAUUACUUGUGCUCUCCAUCACUUCCAGUUAACGGAACACAUCCAACACACACACACACACACACACUGGACAAAUUCUUAUCAUUCCUUUCAUUGAUGCCUUCAAGGUUUCCAUGUCCAGUGGAAGUAGAGUACAACAAAAGUCCAGAAAAAGAUGACUGGGAAACCACCUGCCACCUGGUCAACGUGUCGUGAUGAGACAGCCACCAAUGUCUUGAUCUCCUGUGUCAGUGACCUUGAGUGAGUUGAGAGCUGUCAUACAAAAAGUCAUUUUUAAAGGUCAUUUGAAGGUUCUUGUUUUUUCUUUCUUUUUUGAAUGCUAGAAUGUCAGUGGACAGACAGAGACUCUCUCCCUUCUUCCUCUGUCCAUUAAAAUCGCCCCGUGGUUCUAUCCUUACCAGCCUAUAGCGCCCUCUACAGUGCUCUUAGUGGCUGGACUCUUCAGUGCCUCAUUGCACCAUUAGUCCGGGACAUGCUUGCUGUGUGCCUUGAAUUACGUAUGCAGCAGUCACAUGCGAUCGAGUGCACAUACUUGCUUCAGGAUGACCGGAGCGCUUUCCAUGAUACUGGAGGUAUCACCUAGGGGGCAGGUAGCCAACGGGGCUGUGAUUAAUGCUGUUGUUUGGCUCUACCGCCACCUCAACAUGGAAGUUCCGAAGAUCGCCCCUCACGGUUUUGUCAUUAUUGCAUCAUACGCAUGCGUAUCCUGCAGCAAUCAUGUCCCGGGCCUUACAGUACUACAUACUGUGCAGCAUCUCACUACCAGCAAAGAAGAGACAAAAAUACAAUUGCAUUUGAACUAAAUACAUUGCUUUAAAUGGAUAAUGUACUACUGUAACCGUGAAAGGACCCAUGGGUAAAACGCAGUGUUACCCAUUUCCUAUGAAAGCCCAGUCAGACAUGGGAUAGAGUCAGCCUGGUUGACAUGCAGCCUUUGUGCGUUUGUUGUAGUUGUAUCAAAGAAUCGUCUAGUAGAGUAAAAUACACCAACCCCUGCGUACCCAAUGCAAAGCUGUGUGUGCUGAAGUUCGGUCUGCUAAGCGUUUCCCAACCAGGGGUACGUGUACCACUAGGGGUACGCGAGCACACCUCAGGGGGGUACGCGGGAAAAUGUGAUAAUGGCAAUUGAAUGGAGUAUAGUCAUACUGAGAUAAAGGAAUAUACAUAGAGAGCAUGGGAUAGGGGGUACUCAUGGUACAACAAAAAGGCUUAGGGGGUACUCGAGUCAAAAAAGGUUGGGAAACACUGGGCUAAGGGGUUGUUGUACCCUCCUUCUUCUUCUCUUUCUGUGGUGUUUGGUGGUGGCUUGCAUAAUAUGUAUGCUACCGCCAUCUACAGCGCUAAGGGAACUCUGAAUUCUGAACCAUAAGUCUCCCAAGGUCUCCUAACCGUAGGUCUCCUAAGGGGACAUUCACCUGACAUGACAUGGAUCCAGGAAAACUAUAGGCUUUAUUUGUCUUAGUCUUCUAGACAAUUCUUUGGUUGUACUUGUAUGUUUCUUGGAGACACCAUGGAGUGAUGGCCUGCUUGCUUGAUCGCACAUAAAAUGUCAGAGAUGACAUGAUAUCCUUCCUCCAAACACCCAAAAGUUCACUAGAGAACGUUUGGGUUCACCAGAGAACCUUUGGGUUCCUCAGAAAACAGCUGAGUGUUAUCUGAGGGAACCCUCAAUUUUUUUGCAGUGGAUUGUUUUGUUUUAAUUGGUUUGUUGAGAAGCUAAAGAGUCAGACUUUGAGUUGUUUCUAUUUUAAAGAGGACCAUGCAUGCACACUGCCAGGACAUUUCUAUUUGUUUUGUCAUGCUGUAUAAGGAGCUGUACAUCCUAGAAGGAAUUGGGCCGUUGGAAGACCUGUCAAUCCUGGGUUCAAGAAGUCGUAAAAACCCUGACACUUUUUUCCUUCUAACACCAAAUGUGAUCUCUCUGGCUUGCUGAUGUAAUUAUUUUGAGUAUGCUUUACGAUCGGCUGACUCAGAGCUGAAUCAAAUUAUUGGCCAGCUUUUUGCUGUCUGAACCAGAGUUCAAGGCACUGCCUAUUGAGUCCUCAUUCCAGUGGUCUUGGGGCCCUUGUGCUGAUUAUCAUUUACUAUUAUAGAUAAAGAAUACUAGAUGCCAUGUUGACCACCCUCUUGUAUUAGAAAGAAUGGCUGAAGGCAUAGCAGUGCCAUGUUUAGCCGCUUCCAUCAAUCAGUGACAAUGUGAUGCAGUCGUUACCUUGUAGGUGGCGGUAAAACAGCAUCUAUGAAAAAUUUGAGCUACUGGCCCAAGAUGGUGGCGCCCAAGGUUGAGGCCCGGCAAAAGGCUAAACACGGCAUCUAGUGUUUCGUAUCCGUGAUUUACUAUAAACAGGUCAAAUGUUAAAGGUGACAUGCUUUGGAGACGUGAUCGCCUUAGGAUGAAACCCAAACCAAUUCCUCCCAUCCUCUCCUGUUGCUCGUGGCCUCUAGCCUCAGUGUCCCCCUGCCUACAUGAAGAAAACGGUAAACAACAAAGCUGUCAAUGUUGGCAGAACAGCUUUUGGAGGACUAUUCUCCAUUCAACAUCCUGAUUGCAAAUGCGAUAAUGACUUUUGAAUUGUGCUUUUGUGAAAUAUUGAAAAAAACGUUAAUCAUCAAUAUUGCCAUGCCAGAAGCAACAGGAAAGGAAAGAAGGAACUAGUUUGAGUUCCAGCCGUGAUCACCUUAGUGUUGUCUAGGACCUCUUACAGGAGCUUGGAGCUUCCUUGUUUGAUCAUUUCAGCAAAGGUGAUUUUCGCAAAGUGUAAUAAAGAUUAAAAUGAUAAAGAAAAUCAUAUGUGAGACCUGUAUUAGGAAUAGAAUUCAAUCCAAAGGGUUUUGUGAAAUAUUUGUUGUAAUAUAUUUUAUUUAUUAUUAUAUUCUUUUUGUCUCUGUUGCAUUUUGUUAGUGACUUGUUUUCUGUGCAGAAAGUUUUUUUUUAAGUCUUGCUUUUGUCCAUCCUGUAGCUGUUUAAAGACUACCCUUUUGCUGCUAAAGGAAUGUCACUUUAUGGUCCUCUAGUAUUCAGAUCUGUUUUUCUACUUGGAAUUAUUUUUCUGUUAUUUUGUUGUCUGCAGUGUUGAUGUGCAUACAUGUUAUUGUUGUGUUGUGAAACCUCAAGGUCAUUUGCCUUCAGAACAAUAUUUUCCCAUCAUAUUCCCAUCACUUUAAAGACUUGUGGACCCUCUGUCAAAACUCAGAUGUGUGAUCACUCAAAUAUUAGACCAGACAUCGCAUCAGUUUUUUGUUGAUUUACAGACACCUGCCCAGGAGCUUUUCCCGCCUUCUUGUGGCCUUCCAUUGGACUAUCCUCCAUUCCAUUCAGCGAUCUCAAUUUCUUGUCCUCUUUGCCCAAAUGUGCCUUAACUGUUAGAACUUUUCUAGAUGCAUUCCACAUGGAUAAUAGGGGUGUAUAGGAAGGAGGCUUCUGUGUUGUUACAACCAACCCCAUCGGGACACGUGCCCCCAUUUAUCCCACGUGUAUUACACCCUUUUGCCCAGGUCAUCAGCUGGCGUCAUGUAGAUUCAUGACCUGUGCAUAUCUCAAAACACCGCUCUUCUCUUUUGAUUGUACCAAGUGCAGCUUUGAGUAUGCAGUGUUUUUACCACAGUGUGUCCCUCCUUGGCUCAGCUGUGUUGUAUGCUCACUGAUGUUGAACUGUUUAUAUCAUUUCUAUCAGCUGACAUUUUUAUGGCCCAUUUCAGUGCGCGAAACCAUUGAUGACCAUUUUUAAGAACAUUGACCUUUUUUAAACUCUGCAACGUAGCUGGAUUUAUUUUGUAAAUGAUAUCCUCUGUGAUUUCCCUUUCCUCUCCUGUGCUGUACAAAUUUAAGAAAUAAUAAAGUUUAUAUAUUCAAGUCUG